UUGGGCUGGAGCUUGAUGACAUUGUUGAAAUUUGUGUGUAAUUGGCUUUGUAUAGUUUUGUCUUUUGUGAAUUUUAUUUAAGUAAAAAUAGUAUCAAAAUGAGAGAAAUUGUACAUCUUCAAGCAGGACAGUGUGGUAAUCAAAUUGGUGCUAAGUUUUGGGAGGUGAUUUCUGAUGAACACGGAAUUGACCCGACAGGAACUUAUCAUGGCGACUCAGAUUUGCAGUUGGAGAGAAUCAAUGUUUAUUAUAAUGAAGCAACAGGAGGAAAGUACGUUCCCAGAGCAGUGCUCGUAGACCUGGAGCCCGGCACCAUGGACUCUGUGCGCUCUGGGCCGUUUGGCCAGAUAUUCCGGCCAGACAACUUUGUGUUUGGCCAGAGCGGAGCUGGCAACAACUGGGCCAAGGGGCAUUACACGGAGGGCGCAGAGCUGGUGGACUCUGUACUGGAUGUUGUACGCAAGGAGGCCGAGGGAUGUGACUGUAUACAGGGUUUCCAGAUGACUCACUCCCUAGGUGGAGGCACUGGGUCAGGCAUGGGUACUUUGCUCAUCUCCAAGAUCAGGGAGGAGUAUCCUGACAGAAUCAUGAACACAUUCAGCAUCGUUCCUUCACCAAAAGUAUCCGACACAGUAGUGGAGCCUUACAACGCAACACUGUCUGUUCACCAGUUGGUGGAGAACACUGAUGAAACAUUCUGUAUUGACAAUGAAGCUCUGUACGACAUCUGCUUCAGAACUCUGAAGCUCACUACACCCACAUACGGUGAUCUGAAUCAUCUAGUGUCAGCAACAAUGUCAGGAAUAACCACUUGCCUGAGAUUCCCCGGACAACUCAACUCUGAUCUGCGGAAACUUGCAGUGAAUAUGGUGCCGUUCCCAAGAUUGCAUUUCUUUGUCCCCGGCUUUGCUCCUUUGACUUCCAGAGGAAGCCAGCAAUACCGAGCUUUGACAGUUCCGGAGCUCGUUCAACAAAUGUUUGAUGCUAAGAAUAUGAUGGCUGCUUGUGACCCCAGGCGUGGAAGGUAUCUGACUGUCGCAGCCAUAUUCAGAGGAAGAAUGUCGAUGAAAGAAGUAGAUGAGCAAAUGUUGAAUGUUCAGAACAAGAACUCUACGUACUUUGUGGAAUGGAUUCCCAACAACUGUAAGACGGCUGUGUGUGAUAUUCCUCCUAGGGGAUUGAAGAUGGCAUCGACAUUCAUUGGCAACACAACGGCUAUCCAAGAGUUGUUCAAACGAGUGUCUGAACAGUUUACCUCGAUGUUCAGAAGAAAGGCGUUCUUGCAUUGGUACACUGGAGAAGGCAUGGAUGAAAUGGAGUUUACUGAAGCUGAGUCUAACAUGAAUGAUUUGGUCUCGGAAUACCAACAGUACCAAGAAGCCACAGCAGACGAGGAGGGAGAAUACGAUGAAGAUGAAGAAGGAGAUGAAGCCUAAAUGUUAAAUUCUUGUUCUUUUGGUCAGAAUUUGUUUAAUCUAUUUUUAGUGCUACCGGUAUCUGAAUGUAUAAUCUAUCUGUUUGAAUAUUAUUGCUGUAAUUACAAUCAAUUGUGACUUGUUUUGAGAA